UCAGGGGAAGUGCGGCGAAGUGCGCCACAACAGGGCACACGCCGGAAAACGUCCUAACGCGCUGCUCGCCAGACAGGCGCCGAACUCGGUCGACUUGGAUCCGCAAUCUAAGAUCAUGGAUCAGCUGCCGGACGACGUGCUUGCCAUGGUGAUGUCGCACCUGGACGUUGCGGACGUCUUCGCCUGCCGCCUCGUGUGCAAGAGGCUAAGCGGUGUGGCGCUGCACCCGGACGUGUGGCGGCAUCGCUAUGCCGUCCAGAGCGACAACGACUGCGUGUGCCCGGUGCUGCGCCUGGCGCCGUGCCUGAGCCGGCUCACUCUCUUCUUCGACUCUAGCGGGAGCCAGUCCCACCCGCCCCUCAACAAGUGCGCAGUGAGGAAGCUGAUGAUUUGGGUGGAUGCUGCAGGAGGCAGGGAAGCUGCUCAGGUCAUUAGACAGCAGAGGGCUCUCGGUCGGCUAAGAGCAGUUGGUCUAGAAUGCUCAGAAGGUAGGCGAAGUAGGCUCGCCAUGGCCGUGCUGUUCCAGACGUUGGCUUCGACGUCCGGCCUGGAGGAGCUCACUGUCAGUGGAAAUGCAGGAGCACGCAGGUCCCGUCUGCGUGGAAUCGUCGCGUCGUCCCUCAAACGUUUCUCGUGCUGCAUCACCCGAGAGACGAAGAACUUCCGCGACUACAUCGUAGCCCGCCACGCCUCCACGUUAGAGGACGUCGAGUUCGAGUUGGAUCCCGACUACCGCUGUCCCACCGCCCCCUCACUGGUGCGCCGGCUGGCCGGCAUGCCCAACCUGCGCCGGCUGAGCUGCCCCGUUAUACCCGGGCUGGAGUUCAUGGCAGCGUCCAGCUCACUGAGAGAGCUGAAACUCGUCAUGAAUCCCAGCAGAGCCACGUGCGGCAACGUUUGUGGAGCCAUGGAUCUCCUGGAACGCGCCGUCCAUCUUCGUUCCAUCCAUCUAUUCGUUGAAGAGGACGAGACCUAUUACUAUGAGGUAAUCGUGUUCUUUGUGAGCCUAGCUUCGUCUGGACGGUCCCAAGUGGAGUCGCUGACCGUCGAACUUGAGGGAGGUCCUGGAUCCCUCUGUGCACCCGCGGUGCAGUUACAGCUGCUGCGGGCGCUGCCCUCUCUGCCCGCGCUGAGGCGACUGAAUGUGAAUGUGCCGACAGAGGAGCUGCUGCUCGGCAUCACCCCCGCCUCCGCUCCGUCCCUGCGGAGCCUCCAGCUGGUUGAGCAUGGGAAUUUUGAACUCACCCAGUGGAUGUGCCCCAACGCCAUGAUGCACAGCAACAAAGUUAGGGAAUUUCUAUCUAGGAACCCCUUGCUUCAUGUGGAGCUACGGUGCGGACUCUGCUACUCGUGCGAGCCUUGUUGCACAAGUGAAUGCUCAUAUAGCAGUUCUGCAGAUAAUUGUGAUAAGGGUAAACCAUAUGUAUGCAUCGGCCUUUUAGCUCACCCUAUCGACGAAUGCCCCUCCCCACAAGACCACGCGACCGAUGUUCAGUGGUUCCACAUCAAUGAUAUGAAUCCACAGAUUGCUUCAGUACUUUUUAAUUUUUAGAGUAAUAUGACACACUGUAUACUUAAUGUUCGUGUUUUGCUAAGUAUGUUUACCUUUGUUAUCCAGUGGUAAAAUCUAUAAUUAUGCUUAAAAAUUGACAUUUGUAACAAUUUCUUAACUGGUUCUUGUCAGUUGGAGUACGGAAUAUUACGUUAAAAAACAAAUUGA